CCCUACAUUGUAGUUAUUCAUAGAUAGAUUCUCCUCCAUGGUAACGUAUAACUGUAGGCAAAUCUAUGUCUACUUUUCACUUUAAACACUUUCAAAUAGUAGCCAAGGUUAAAUUUAUUAAAAAUUGUUUUUAUUUUAGAAAAAUGCUACAGAUACUCUCAGAAACCCAAAAAAGGAAUGGUACGAAAAUUUGUUCAGUGAUAAAAAAACCAUUUUACUGAUUGCACAAUGAAAUUUGGCUUUAGAAAAUUAGAAGUGAAAAAAUUUCAAAUGAGUUUGUCAGUUAGAAAGACUGGAUUUUCGGUCAUUUACAGCGAAGAUGAGAGAAUUUUUUUUUUCAUUCGUUAGAAAAUAAAAUUUUCCAGUGACAAAAGUAGAUACUCUUGCCGGUUCUGCCUUCUUGGCAGGCUUUUCACAGUAGACUCUUGACGGUCUCUGCUCCUUCUUCUCUUUCUUCCUUUGUCCUCCUCUUCCUUCUUUUUGGUCUUUCCUCGGUGCGUUCCUUCCCCUUCCAUUUUCUUCAUUGAUGGAGGAUUUGAGAGCAGGACCUUCUGGUUCCUGGGUACCCAAGGAGUCGAGCCUUGAGAGAAAGGUCUCUGACAUCUCAUUAUGUGAUAGUGAUGAUGACUGUUGUGGGGAGAAUGAUCCUAAGGAGAACGGUGAUGAUGGUUUCAUUCCAAGUCCUCUUGUUCCUCUCAAGGAGCACCUAGAACGUGACAAGGAAGAUGAAAGUUUAAGGAAAUGGAAGGAAAAGCUACUUGGUCAUAUUGAUGAUAAUGAAAACUGUCAGAUAGAACCAGAAGUCACAUUCCUCACCAUAGGAAUUGUGUCUGACAGCUGUCCAGAAUUUUUGACCUCUCUGCCCGUAGAGAGGAACCACAGCAAUGUCCUUUUUACUCUCAAAGAAGGGUCAAAUUAUCGCCUCAAGCUAACUUUCAGGGUCAAGUAUAACAUUGUCUCUGGAUUGACCUACUCAAAUGCUAUCUGGAAGGGAGGCAUCCAAGUUGAUCAAAGCAAAGGCAUGCUGGGUACAUUUGCUCCACAGCAAGAGCCUUACAUUCAUAUGCUGGAGAAAGAGACGACUCCAUCAGGAGUAAUGGCACGAGGCACAUACAUGGCUAAGCUUAAGUUUGAAGACGAUGACAGAAGAUGUCACUUUGAACUUGAUUAUGCUUUUGAGAUAAAGAAACACUGCUAGAUGUUGUAUUUUGCAUGCUUGAAUAUAAAAAAACCAGGCUUACAGGACUGUCUCGGAAGUCCUUUCAAAUUUGGAUGUUGUUACCAUGAUUUUGUUGUUAUUCCUCUCUUGCCAGGGGCUAGUACCUCCACGUUCUUAAAAAUGAGUUGUAUGUUCUCUCUCUUCCAUAGAUCAUUUUGCUUUUCAGACAAGAUUGCCGCAUGUUCCAUGGGUUUGGAAUUCAAGGUCGUUGGUUAUUAUAA